UCAUCAGUAAAUUGAAGACUGUUCUGUCAAAAUGUUCCUAAUACUUUUUUCGGUCGGUUUAACAACUUUGAUCGCUUAUUUAACAAGACACAUCUACACUUAUUGGCAACGUAAAGGAUUUCCCUACUACAAUCCCAACAUACCCUUUGGUUGUCUAAAUUCCUUUCGAAAAGGGAAACGUUCUUUCGGAAUGUCAAUUUAUGACGUUUAUAAAAAUGCAACGGCAGAUAAAUUCAUUGGUAUUUACUUGAUGUUUCGUCCAGCUUUAGUGAUUCGAGAUGCUGAACUAGCUCGUGAUAUAUUAGUGAAUAAUUUUAAUAGCUUUCAUGAUCGUGGUGUUUAUGUUGACGAGGUGAAAGAUCCGUUUUCGGCAAAUCUCUUUUCGUUGCCAGGUCAUAAGUGGAAGGCGUUGCGUGGAAAAUUGGCACCGUUUUUUACACCUGUCAAACUAAGAGCUAUGUUUCCAACAAUAAAGAGCAUAGCUCUAAGAAUGGUUGAACAUUUGGAUGAAAGUUUUGGUCGUCAGAAUAAUGAAGAAAUUGUGGUGGUGGAGAUGAAGGGUUUGUUUUCUAGGUUCGUAACAGAAGUUAUAGGAUCAGUAGUCUUUGGAUUGGAUAUUGACAGCUUCAAGGAUCCAAACAAUGCAUUCCACAAAAUAACCGAGAGCUAUCGAUUUCCAUCGAUGAUUUUUUCAAUCAGGAAUGCUGCUCAGAUGUUGUGUCCUCAAUUCGAAAAAUUAUUUAUCUACUUCGGAUUCAAACAUGAUCAUGCUGAAUUUAUGACAGAUAUCGUACGUCAAACUGUUGAACAUCGUGAGAAUAACAAUGUCAUUCGUCGAGAUAUUAUGCAAAUGUUAAUACAACUCCGAAAUACUGGCGAAGUGAAUGAAGAUGAAAAUUAUUGGAAAAUCGAUACUUCUAAAAAAGAUGACAACUCAAAAUCAAUGUCAAUUGAAAGUAUUGCCAGUUCAGCAUUUUUAUUUUAUCUCGCUGGGUAUGAAACAUCAGCAACAGCAGCGGCAUAUGCAAUUUUUGAAUUGGCCAAAAAUCCUGAAAUUAGGGAAAAACUCGAAAUGGAUAUUGAGAAUAAUUUGGAAAGAGGCAAAUUGACAUACGAAGGAAUGCAGAAUAUGAAAUAUUUGGAUAUGUGUUUUAUGGAAACUCUUCGAAAGUAUCCCGCUCUUCCGCUCUUAAAUCGACAAUGUACCCAAGACUACCCAAUUCCAGGAACUAAUAAGAUUAUCGAAAAAGGAACCCCCAUUGUAAUUUCAGUUCUGGGACUUCACCGAGAUGCCAAAUACUUUCCCGAUCCACUAAAGUUCGAUCCAGAAAGAUUUCUCGAAUCGAACCAGAACAACGACACUAAGGCUUACAUGCCUUUUGGUGAGGGUCCAAGGCAUUGUAUUGCUCAACAAAUGGGAAAACUUAUUGUUAAAGUAGCCGUGAUAAAUAUUCUUCGAAACUACAAUCUAGAAGCUGUUGAAGAGGGUGAAAUCAAUUUUGACGCUUUGACCGUGACUAUAAAUCCAAAAGCUGGCAUUAAUGUCAAACUAUCAAAGAAAAUUAUUUAAUUUCUUUCAUUAGAAAAUAAUAAACCCAUUCAAGCGUAGACCUAUAGAACUAUAGACAUUAUGAAUAAAGGAAAAUUAUCAUUUAAGUACCGACUUGAAACUCACUCUCUCUCUAUGUUUAGAUAGCCCCAACAAGUUUUGCAUAACUAAUCGUUUUGUCUACUUAAUAACAUAGUAUCUAUACUCGCACUUCUAACAAGUUUAAUUAGAUACAGAAGGGCA